GAUGAUAUAGUCCACUUGCAGGUGUGCUGGGGCUGUCGCUCAAGUCUUAGUUCCUUGUCCCUGAGACAUUCCAUGCAUGGCCCAUGCCGGACCCUGAUAGUCGGGGGCCAAAAUCCACAUGGCGCCGAAAAGCUGAAGUGAGAGAAAGUCACCUCACUUGCAAUUUUAAGACGGAAUUCUGAAGCUGCGGAUAUAAAGUCCGCAACCGCCCAGUAAAUCUGUGUUAUCAUCAUCAUCAUCAUCAUCAUCACUUCAUUCAUCCAACCAUCUCAUCCAAGUCGGACCCCUCACCAUGGCCCUCAAAACCACCCUCAACCUGGCCGUCAUGGCUCUCGCCGGCUCCAGCAUGGCCCAGUCCGUAGACGGAUCUAAAUACGACCACCCUAAUGCGGGCCCUCCGGCCAGCUUCUUCGCUGCGGCCACGACCCUGCCUGUCUCAGCGCUGCAAGCCGCCGCAGCCAAGGCCAGUGUCGUGCCAGCGAAGGCCACUUAUCCAGUGAACACGGACAAAAAUUCUCCCCUGUCGACCAUUCACAGCGACUGGGCGAGCUUCAGCGAGGGUGCCUCUUUCAGCUGGGUCGCUGAUAUGGAUGUCGACUGUGAUGGCAAGGACUAUCACUGCAAGGGAAACGGUGACGGCCAACCGGGCACCAACUGGGGAGCCCUGGCGGCCUACGAGGUACCUUGGAUCGUCAUCCCCGACCACUUCCUCAAGGCCAACGAAAAGGCUUUGCCGGGUAACAACCUCGCUGCUGUGAUCUGCAACGGCAAAAUGUACUACGGUAUCCUGGGUGACUCGAACGGCGACAACCCCGAGGUCACCGGCGAAGCCUCCUGGCUGAUGGCCCGCACUUGCUUCCCUAAUGAGGACCUCGACGGUGCGAAUGGCCACGUCCCUGCUGAUGUGACUUACAUCGUUUUCACCGGAAAGGACGCCGUUGUGCCUAGCAGUGCCUUGAACAACAAUUACAUUACCAACUUUAGCACCCUGCGGUCCAUGGGCGACAAGCUUGUCGGUGCUCUUGCCUCUAAGCUGGGGCUGUCGGGGUCCAGCUCUGGCUCUGGUUCUGGCUCUGGCUCGGGGUCAUCCUCGACCUGCUCCUGGGAGGGACACUGUCAAGGUGCUACAUGCUCCUCCGACAACGACUGCUCCGACGACCUCGUCUGCAGCAGUGGAGUCUGCAGCUCGGGAUCGGUGGCGUCCAAGACCACACUGACGACUAGUGCUGCCACCGCGACAGCCACCUGUUCCUGGGAGGGCCACUGCCAGGGUGCUUCUUGCUCAUCCGACAAUGACUGCUCGGACGCCCUGGUCUGCAAGAGUGGAACCUGCGCUUCCGGCUCGGCGGCUGCUCAGCCGACCUGUUCCUGGAAGGGACACUGCGAAGGUGCUUCCUGCUCCUCGGACAACGACUGCUCCGAUGACUUGGUUUGCAACAGUGGAAGCUGCAGCUCGGCUUGAGGGUCUAGGGUUGGUGCCCGUAGGGGACCUGGUAAGGUGCACGAUGUGUGUCAUGGCCAGCAUAAGGGUUGUACUAUAUGACGGAGAUCGGGGAAUCUAGUGG